CAGCACAGCCCAGCACAGCGCGCUCGGUGGUACCACGUUAGAAUAUUAGCAUUCUCAAUACAACGUUUUUCUAAUUUGUGGGAGCAAAAUGCCACCUAGACCAUCAUCAGGUGAACUCUGGGGUUUACAUUUGAUGCCCCCAAGGAUUUUAGUGGACUGUCUACUGCCAAAUGGAAUGAUAGUGACGUUAGAAUGCCUCCGUGAGGCCACACUUGUAAGUGUUAAACAUGAUCUAUUUAAGGAAGCUAGAAAGUAUCCCCUGCACCAGCUGCUUCAGGAUGAAUCUUCAUACAUUUUUGUUAGUGUAACACAAGAGGCAGAACGAGAGGAAUUUUAUGAUGAAACGCGUCGUUUGUGUGACCUUCGACUUUUUCAACCAUUUUUGAAAGUUAUUGAGCCAGUGGGAAACAGAGAAGAAAAGAUUCUAAAUAGAGAAAUUGGCUUUGCUAUUGGGAUGCCAGUCUGUGAGUUUGACCUUGUGAAGGAUCAUGAGGUCCAGGAUUUCAGAAGAAACAUACUUAGUGUCUGUAAAGAAGCAGUGGAAUUACGUGAUGUAAAUGGUGCCAACAGUCGAGCAUUGUAUGUUUAUCCUUCCAAUGUAGAAUCGUCCCCAGAACUACCCAAACAUAUCAGCAAUAAACUGGAUAAAGGUCAAAUAAUUGUGGUGAUUUGGGUUAUCGUGUCUCCAAACAAUGACAAACAGAAAUACACUCUGAAGAUUAACCAUGAUUGCAUGCCCGAACAGGUUAUUGCAGAAGCAAUCCGGAAGAAAACCCGGAGUAUGUUGCUAUCACCUGAACAGCUGAAAAUGUGUGUACAGGAGUACCAGAGCAAGUACAUACUGAAAGUGUGUGGCUGUGAUGAAUACUUGCUGGAAAAAUAUCCAUUAAGUCAGUACAAGUAUGUAAAAAGUUGUAUCAUCCUUGGUCGAAUGCCUAAUCUGAUGCUCAUGACUAAAGAUAGUUUGUACACUCAACUGCCACUGGACACAUUCACCAUCCCUUCUUAUGCACGACGGAUCUCCACUGCUACACCCUACAUGAACGGAGAAGCUUCAGCCAAGUUCCUUUGGGCAAUUAACAGUGUACUGAGAAUAAAAAUUCUGUGCGCAACAUAUGUAAAUGUAAAUAUUAGAGAUAUUGAUAAGAUCUAUGUAAGAACGGGUAUAUACCAUGGAGGUGACCCCUUGUGCGAUAACGUGAACACACAAAGAGUACCUUGUUCAAAUCCCAGGUGGAAUGAGUGGCUUACCUAUGAUAUAUACAUUCCUGAUCUUCCACGUGCAGCUCGGCUUUGCCUUUCCAUCUGUUCAGUCAAAGGCAGAAAAGGUGCCAAAGAGGAACACUGUCCUUUGGCUUGGGGAAAUGUGAACCUCUUUGAUUACACAGAUACUUUGGUCUCCAGUAAGAUGGCAUUGAACUUAUGGCCGGUGCCUCAUGGGAUGGAGGAUUUGCUGAACCCAAUCGGAGUUACUGGAUCAAAUCCUAAUAAGGAAACCCCAUGCUUGGAACUUGAGUUUGACUGGUUUAGUAGCCCAGUAAAAUUCCCAUCUAUGUCAAUGAUUGAGGACCAUGCCAAUUGGACCAUGUCUAGAGAGUUGGGAUAUAACUACUGCCUAGUUGGACUGAGUAACAGAAUAGCUUGUGAUAGCAACCUAACCGAGGGUGACAUUGAACAGCUGCGAAGCAUAGGCAGUCGAGAUCCUUUGUCAGAAAUCACAGAGCAAGAGAAAGAUUUCUUAUGGAGACACAGGCAUUAUAGUGUCAAUGUACCUGAAAUUCUUCCUAAAUUGCUUCUAUCUGUGAAGUGGAACUCAAGAGAUGAAGUCGCUCAGAUGUACUGUCUGCUAAAGGACUGGCCUCCAAUCAAGCCAGAGCAAGCCAUGGAACUCUUAGACUGCAAUUACCCAGAUCCCAUGGUGCGAGAUUUUGCAGUAAAGUGCUUAGAAAAGAGUUUGACUGAUGACAAGCUCUCCCAAUACCUAAUUCAGUUGGUUCAGGUUCUUAAGUAUGAACAGUAUUUGGAUAACCCACUGGUACGGUUUUUACUCAAGAAAGCACUGACCAAUCAGAGAAUAGGUCACUUCUUUUUUUGGCAUUUAAAGUCUGAAAUGCACAACAAAACAGUGAGUCAGCGUUUUGGUUUGCUUCUGGAGUCAUAUUGCAGAGCAUGUGGAAUGUACCUGAAACAUCUUAGUCGUCAGGUGGAGGCCAUGGAAAAACUGAUUAAUCUCACUGAUAUCCUGAAACAGGAAAAGAAGGAUGAAACACAAAAGGUGCAGAUGAAAUUCCUGGUCGAACAAAUGAGGAGACCAGACUACAUGGAUGCAUUACAAGGCUUUAUGUCUCCACUCAACCCUGCUCACCAGCUUGGAAAUCUGAGGCUUGAAGAAUGCAGAAUUAUGUCAUCAGCAAAAAGACCACUAUGGUUAAACUGGGAGAACCCAGACAUCAUGUCUGAGUUACUGUUUCAGAAUAAUGAGAUCAUUUUCAAAAAUGGAGAUGAUUUGCGCCAGGAUAUGUUGACACUCCAGAUCAUACGAAUCAUGGAGAAUAUCUGGCAGAUUCAAGGACUUGACCUCAGGAUGCUGCCUUAUGGCUGUUUAUCAAUUGGUGACUGCGUUGGGCUGAUUGAGGUAGUAAGAAACUCACACACAAUCAUGCAAAUUCAGUGUAAGGGCGGCCUGAAGGGGGCGCUGCAGUUCAACAGCCAUACUCUGCACCAGUGGCUAAAGGAUAAAAAUAAAGGAGAAGGUUAUGAUGGAGCCAUUGAUUUGUUUACACGUUCAUGUGCUGGUUAUUGUGUUGCCACCUUCAUCCUUGGGAUAGGUGAUCGCCACAACAGUAACAUCAUGGUGAAAGAUGAUGGACAGCUGUUCCACAUAGAUUUUGGUCAUUUCUUGGAUCACAAAAAGAAGAAAUUUGGUUACAAACGUGAACGUGUGCCAUUUGUUCUAACUCAAGACUUUUUAAUAGUCAUCAGUAAAGGAGCACAAGAAUGUACAAAAACAAGAGAGUUUGAGAGAUUUCAAGAGAUAUGUUACAAGGCCUAUUUGGCAAUCCGGCAGCAUGCCAAUCUCUUCAUCAACUUAUUCUCCAUGAUGCUGGGCUCGGGAAUGCCUGAACUCCAAUCCUUUGAUGAUAUUGCCUAUAUACGUAAAACAUUGGCACUGGACAAAACUGAGCAGGAAGCACUGGAUUAUUUCAUGAAGCAGAUGAAUGAUGCUCAUCAUGGUGGCUGGACAACAAAAAUGGAUUGGAUCUUCCACACAAUCAGACAGCAUACUCUGAACUGACCAAUGCAUAGUCCAGAUGGACUGGAAUGAUUGAUUGAUAACCCAGACUCAAUACUGCACUGCUGAAUGAGAUUUCAGGCAAAAUCAGACUGUAUCAGUCGCAUAGGAAUCAUAGAACCCUGGACAGCAUUAAGCAUCAUUGCAAUGCUAUUUUAGUAGCCUGGAUAGUCUAGUAUAGUAAUCUUGAAUGCAAACCAGGUUUUAGAUGAAACUAAAUUAUCAGUAAAACAAAAACUGAUCAUAUGCUGGAAUUCCAGGUGACUCAGCCCCAUCAUUAAAUUAAUGUUUUUAAUUCAUCAAUAAUUUUGCAUUCCUCGAUGACAUUUCUCACAUGUUUCAUGAAUGUUUUGUCUCACAAUAAGUAAGAAUCAAUAAAUAUAUGUGAACAUUUAAACACUGAAUACUGGGAACAGAAUUACAAUUGACCCUGGUAUCAAAUAAUGCAGUAGUUAACUUGAAGUGCAAUACCAGCUUGUGCAAACUGUUGACUUGCAAGUCAGUGCUACAAUGUUUAUUUCAACUAUUAACCAAAAAUUAUAUUUGUGCAAGCAAAGACUUCCUUUGUGUAGCAUUGAGUGCCUGUAUAUUUUCCUCUUUGGAUCCUAAGCAAUAUAAUGGAUAAGCAUGUGCAAUCAAAAACCUUAAGAUAAAUAUUUUAUAUAGUUUGUAUAGAAUACCUAAGGCACAAUCUGGUCAUUUUCUUCCUCUUUUAAUACAGUUUCUCCAGUCAAAAUUAUUAACUUCAAAAUAAAGAAGCUAAUUUUGUAGCUUUUUAUUCAUUUUCUUUGCCUGACAUUUGAGAGUGAUAUUAAAAUAUAGUGAUCUUACAACAAGAUCAUCUAGCUGAAAAGAUUUGGCUAGUUAGUGAAACAAUUCUCUAAACUCUGGGUAAUGUGGCUGAUGUGAAUUCCUUCCAACCACUAAGUGUUUAUGUUACUAUCGGGUAUUCAUGUGAAAUACUUUCAAAUGUGUCAUCUACUAUAUGAUAUAUUUUCAAAAAGCAGCCAUGUGACUCUGAUACCAUGGUACUAACCUAGAUAGAACACAACAUCUGAGUAUUUUUUUAACAAGAUUGCCAUUCUUCUGCCCAAAUGCAAAGGGUCCGUUGGAAUUUCUGACCAAGUGGAUGUUGAAGUAUUAGGACAAAAUCUGUAUGAUUCCUUAAAGCAUUCCUGGUGCCAAUUUACCCAAUUAGCACAAAUAAUGCUUUCAGGAAUCGUGCAAAAUUUUGCCUGUUUUGCUUGUAAUUUCUGUCAAUUUCAUAUAUACUUCUGUUACACUUACAGUACGUAGCUGAACAAUAUAAACUGGGAAGGCCGAGGUUUGAUCACUAAUCUGUGCUGGUGUUAGUCCAAUAGAGCAUACAGUUUCCAAAGAUCAUUAUCAAUAGAUUUCCGCACUUUUCUAUUAAACACUUCACAAAGGACAUUUCUGUUAGUUGCUGACUCAUUCUACUUUGGCUGUGUAACUAUUGUCUAAUAGAAAGGCUUCAAACGUUGCACUUCCAAAUGUAAUUUAUUCAUUGUGUUUAAUAUGUUUCUUUUGUAUAUCUCAAUUGAGUUUGGAAAAUAUCCAACAAGGUGAUAGUUGAAUGAAAUAUUUUUUUAAAAAGUUAAUUUAGUAGGAUUCAAUUUCAAAGCAUAUUUUUGCAUUUAUAUAAUCUGCUGAGCAGUAUGGUAAAUUUGCAGCAUUUAGAUAAAAUACUGUUUUUUUAUGGACCCUGCAUUAUGUUCUGGAUUAGUAACGUCCACUAUGAAUGGUCCAUCUGAUGGUUACUAAGAGACUAAGCUUACUGUUAAAUCUUAGGAAUCUCACUGACUUCUCUUCAGUGAGCAGCAAGUUUAUUUCUGUGUUAAAUGUUGCAUUUCGGGUUCUGCAUCCAUUUUAAUGUCUACGCAGGCAACAGUUCUUUUGGGGCAGGAGCACCAAAUAACAGUCAACAACACAAUACCUAUUUUUCAUUCUGGAGGUACUUCAGCACUAUCAUUAUUUGUUUUGCAAUUUUGGACAGAAUUGUACUGCACUGGUCCAUGUUAAAUGCCUUCCCCCUUGUAUUUCUUGGGAAGCGGGUUUGAUGCUUUACUUGAAUUUUACUGUAUUGAGCCACCGUUUUCUAAAAUGCAGAACUGGUUACCAAGUGGCAAUGAUGGUGAUAAAAUGUAUAAGAAAUCAAACCAAUAAUGAAUGUUAUUUAAUGACUAAUUGAGUUCCAUUAUUUUCAAAAACGCCUGAGGCCAAACUUUAAAUGACAAUGCAAACAUUAGAUUUUCAAAUGAUUAGAUAUUGGACUAAAUAUAAUCUCUAACAUGUAUUUAGAAGUAGUUUGAACUUGAUCAAGUAGUUUGGACUUGAGUGAAAGCAUGUGCGUUGAUAUAUUUUUUAAAAAACGUGCCAAAAGUAUAUGAUAUAUAAAGCCUUUUGCAAAUAUUAAAUGUUUAUGGAACAAAAUUAUCAAAUUAAGCUGAAAAUGGGAAACUCCUGAAACAAGUUUUGACAUUUAUUUUACAAGAAUAUUAGAUUUCUUUUGGUAUUACUCAUUACACACGUCUUGAAAAUAUCUUGCUUCCAUGGAGUUCAAUUGUUGAUGUGGCUUGCAAUAGUUAAUUUUUAUUUCUUGUAAAGCAAGAAAUAAAUGUUUGGCCUAAGACUGCACUUGCUUUAAUUUUGUAUUUAUUGCUUAUAAAAAAUAACUAAACUGACAAUGAUCUGCAUUUCUUUUGUUUAACUAUUCAGACUACAAUACAUCUUUACUAUUUUAAUAAACUGUUUCUACUUGGUA